AUGCUCUGCCUAGUCAUCAGCUGCCACGUGACGGCGUCGGAGCGCAUCAAGAACGUGGUGGUGCUGAUGAUGGAGAACCGCUCGUUCGAUCAUGUGCUGGGAUGGCUGCAGCCCCGCAACGCCGAAAUCGACGGUCUCGAUGGCUCCGAGUGCAACCCCGUUGUCGCCAAGGCCCGCGACGCGGAUCCGCCGGCCCCGCCAGGCGAUUCUGGCGAUUCGGGCGAGUUGGGAGAGUCGGGACGGUCGGGCGAUUCGGGCGGCAACUCGGUGACGUUCGAGCAAGUGUGCAUUAACGAUAGAGCGCGGUACAACAACAGCGAGGAUCCCGACCACUCGUUCAAAGGCGUUCGCGAUCAGAUCUUCGGCGGAAGAUCCGUAGCCAAGGUGAGAAACGUGCUCAUCCUCGCGCCGCCACCCGCGAAUUGGUCCGUCCCCCCGAUUGCGUGUCAUCACCUUUCACCUAUCCGAUCCUCCUCUCCUCGCUGCCAAACCUCGCCCUAUCCCAUCGCAGGGAAUCUAAGGCGUCCGUCCCGCCGCUGCCGAUCCUUAUCGCCCCUCCCGCAUCUGCCCCGCUUCACUUUCAUUCCCGCAGAUUCUCCCGUGUCCCCCUUGCCUCCCGUACCACCCCCCGCAUGUCCUCUCCUUCCGCUACUCCGCUCCCGUUCAACGCCCUCUCAUCUGCCCCCUUUGCACCGCCCUUACUACCUCUCGCAGGCCUCCUCUCGGCUCAUGCGCGGAUUCGCGCAGCAGGCGGAGGAGCUGCGAAAAGGGUUCUCCGCGGAGGUCAUGUCCGCCUUUCCGCCCGCCGCGCUCCCCGUGACCACCGCGCUCGCCACCAACUUCGCCGUGUGCGACCGCUGGUUCUCGUCCGUACCGGGCCCCACCCAUCCCAACCGCUACUUCCUGCACGCCGCCACGUCCAAGGGGCUCCUGGCGGAGCGCAAGCCCGUGCUGCUCGCGGGCUUCCCCGCGCGCACCAUCUUCGACGUGCUCUCGCGCCGCAAGGUGUCCUUCGGCAUCUUCUACCACGACAUCCCCGCGUCGCUCGCGCUCUCCUCGCUGCGCCGCCGCAAGCACGCGCGCAGGUUCCGCCCGAUCGAGCUGUUCUACGCGCAGGCGCGGUUGGGGCGGCUGCCCGCGUACUCGUUUGUGGAGCCGCAGUAUUUCGACUUCUCGCGCGAGCCGGGCAACGACGACCACCCCGGGCACGACGUGCGGCACGGGCAGCAGCUGAUUAAAGACGUGUACGAGGCGCUGCGCGCGGGGCCGCAGUGGCGCCACGCGCUGCUGAUCGUGACGUACGACGAGCACGGGGGGUUCUUCGACCACGUGCCUCCGCCCAUGGCGGGCGUGCCGUCCCCCGACGGCGUGGUGGGCGAGGAGGACGGCUUCAACUUCCGCCGCCUCGGCGUGCGCGUGCCCACCUUUGUCAUCUCGCCCUGGGUCGACAAAGGCAUGGGUGCGCCCCCGCGCCCCCCUCCGCUCCCCCCCGCUCCCUCACUUCUCUCCAACGCCAUUUUUCCAAUCAACCUAUGUUCCCCUCUUUCCCCCGCUCCUCCACUCAUCCGCUUUUCCCCUCCCCCUUCUCCGCCACUGAUCCGACCUUCUCCCCUCUCCCCCACCUCCUCCACUCCUCCUAUCCCCCCUUCCGAUUCCCCUCCCCUUUCUCUCUGCCCGCCAGUCAUCCACCGCCCACGAGGCCCGUACGCGACAUCGCAGUUCGAGCACACGUCGGUGGCGGCGACGCUGAGGGACGUGUUCGGGCUCACGUCCAAGCAGGACGUGCUCACCGCCAGGGACGCCUGGGCGGGCUCGCUCCUGCCCUUCCUCUCCCUGCGCUCCUCGCCCCGCACCGACUGCCCCCGGACGCUGCCCCCAGUGACGUCCCUGGGGGCCACGGCAGUGCCCUACACAUACAACGGCAGUGCGGCGCUGACAGCGCUGCAGCAGGACAUGGUGGCCAUCGCUGCUGCCCUCACCCCCGUGCCCGUGCCGCCCGCCGCCAUCGACUCAUUUGUCACCUCGCUGCUGCAGCACGAGGCGGGCGUGUUCGUGCGCGCUGCUGUCGCUCAAUUCCUGCUGCAGCAGAGCGCCGGAAGGGAAGGGGAGAAUGGGGGGGACGGUGGUAAUGGAGGGGCGGGCGUGCAGGUGCGCGUGAUGGCGUGUGACCGGCGCAAGUGGUGGUGCCGCGCUGUGGUGGGCAUGCAGCGGCUCAUGGGGUUCCGUGAGAGUACAAGUGAUGCGAGCAGUGAGAGCAGCAGUGACAACACGAAGUGCCGGCUGGGCGCACACGACAGCGCGACUCGUGCGCACUCCGCGGGCAUCGCGGGGAUGCCGCGCGGCGCCAUGCGCGUGGAGGGCGACGACCGCGGCCUGCCCGACACGAAGCGCUUCCUCGCGCUGCUCAACGCGCUCCGAGCCGGCGUCCCGCCGCCUGGCGGCGCAACGGCAUGUGACGACAGCGAGCGCCACGAGCUGGCGCUGGCGGCGGAGCUCUUUGAUUGGUCGAAGCCGCUGGUGGUAACCAGAGCGCCGGGGCGCCUGGAUGUGAUGGGCGGCAUUGCUGACUACUCCGGCUCGCUCGUGCUUCAGAUGCCAACAGCAGAGGCGUGCCACGUGGCCAUUCAGGUCAUCCGCGCGCCCCCAUCCGGGUCCCCCACGUCCCCCACGCCCCCCACGUCCCCCACGCCCCCCACGCCCCCUGCGCGCCAUCCCUCACUGCAAAUGGUGUCCCUCUCCGCCGCCGCCAACCACCGCGUGCCCUCCGUCUCCCUGCCCCUCGCCCGCCUCCUCCCCGGCCUCUACGCCUCGCCCCCCCUCUCCGCCCCCUGCGCCCUCGGCUAUGCCGCCGCCCACGCGCUGCUGGUGGGGGGGGCAGGCACGGGCGGUGGGGGGGCGGAUGGGGCAGCAGAGGCGAGAGAGUCGGGGGAGGAAGGCGGAGGGGAGGGCGCAGAGGGCAGAGAGGGUGGCGCAGGGGGAGGGGGAGGGGGAGGGGGAGGGGGAGGGGGAGGGGGAGGGGUGGGGGGAACACAGUGGGCAGCGUAUGUAGCGGGGGCGCUGGUGGUGCUGGCGAGGGAGAGAGAGGCGGAGUUCCGCCAGGCAUGGAUGGGUGGGGAGCCGGGGCAGGGGCAGGGGGAAGGGCAGGGGGGCGGGGGAGAGAGUGGGGCGUUGGGGAGGGUGGAGGGGGUGGCGGUGGUGGUGGCAUCGGAUGUACCGGAGGGGGUGGGCGUGGCGUCGUCAGCAGCGGUGGAGGUGGCGAGCAUGAUGGCUCUCGUGCAUGCUCUGGGCAUGCACGUGGCCCCCUGGCACCUCGCCCGCAUGUGCCAAAUCGUGGAGAACAGCGUGGUGGGCGCCCCCUGCGGCAUCAUGGACCAGAUGGCCGUCACCCUCGCCCGCCCCGCCUCGCUGCUCGCGCUGCUGUGCCGCCCGGCCACCGUGCAGGGCAGCCUGGCGCUGCCCCCACACGUGGCGCUGUGGGGCAUCGACUCGGGCGCACGGCACAGCGUGGGAGGGGCGGGGUACAGCGGUGUGAGGGCAGCGGCGUUCAUGGGACUCACACUCAUUAACGCCGCGAGAAUGCAGAGCAGGGAGGAGGAUCAGGAGAGCGCCACUGCAGCACCGGAUACAUCCGCACCAACGGCAACACAACCUCUCUCAUGCUUAUGUGAACUGGAGCCACACAGCCUGCCCCUACUGGAGCCCAUACUGCCCCUCACCAUGCACGGCAGCGCCUUCCUCGCCCGCCACGCCUCCCAUGGCGACCCCGCCACCACCGUGGCUCCCGCCCUGCCCCACCCCGUGCUGCCCGCCUCGCGCCACCCCGUCAUGGACCACUUCCGCACGCGCUGCUUCCGCUCCCUGCUGCUCACACGCGUGGGGGGCGAGGAGGGGGGGAAAGAGGCCUCUAGAAUCACCGCUCUUCCCUCAACUCUCCCAUCUUGCCUCCUUCAUCCCACUGCCUCCUCAUCCCACUGCCCCCUCACCAUCAAGUCCCUGCUCAUGGCACUUUUCACAGGUUGCCGACUUUUACCCCUUGCUCCCUCCGCGCCCCCCCUGCCCCGUGUGACGCCGUACUGUGGGGGAGCAGAGCCAUGGGAGCUACACGGCGGUCCUCUGUGGGGUGCCAAGAUAACGGGGGGUGGCAGUGGAGGCACGGUGUGUGUGCUGGGCGACAGCACGGCAGCAGCGCAGCCAGCGGUGGAGGAAGUGUGCCGGCGCUUUGAGAGUGCCACGGGGCAUUGCCCUCACCUCUUCCGCGGCUCCUCGCCCGGCGCCGCUCAUUUUGGCCACCUCGUCCUGCACCCGCCCUAG